AUGUAUGAAUGGGGAAAACUGAUAGUUGAAAAAAGAUUCGGAGAUAAGCCGAAGAUAAAGCCGAGUGUUAAAAGAUGUUCGAUUACAGAGUAUGGCGGAAUCAAUCGAUUGUCUGAAGAACUGAGCCUCAAGGGCAGUGUAACAUCUGGGGGCAAGCCUGCAAAUGCCAUAGAAGAGCCAGAACAGAAAGGCCAAGCAGAAAUUAUGGUUGAUUAUCUGAAAGGGCUUCUUGACUUCUCACUAAGCAUUCCUCCUCGAGUGCCUUACGACUCGGUUGAUAAAAGCACGUAUGCUGAAGUCGAAGAAAGGAUUUUUGAGGAAUGGCGGAGACGCCAGAAAAGCGAUAUUUUCGAACGAAACAUAGAAAUAUGGCGGCAGUUCUGGAUUACAUGCGAAAGAAGCGAUACAAUAGUUCAGAUAGUCGAUGCAAGAAACCCAGAGUUCUUUAUCAACAACGAUGUGCGCAAAAUGUAUCCUACAAAAAGGCAUGUCCUUAUGAUCAAUAAGGACGAUUUGUCAUCUACAAAAAAACAAAUAGAAGGAUACGAAUGCUUAUACUAUUCAGCAUUGGAUAUUAAGGCAGUGCCUAAGAUUGUUCUUGGUAUUGAUGGAAGCACGAUUGGAUUCAUAGGCUAUCCAAAUGUUGGGAAAAGCAGUACGAUCAACCUGAUAAUGAACCAGAAGAGAGUAAAAGUAAGCCAGACGCCAGGAAAGACCAAGGCGAUUCAGACCAUUCCCCUUGGUUACAAAAAGCGCCUACUUGACUGUCCAGGACUGGUUUUCCCAAGGCACAGCAAGAUAGAUCUGAUGCUCCACGGAAUACUAAAUGUUGACCAGCUGCUUGAUCUGAACAAACAUCUUGAAUAUAUUAUUGAUUUCGUUGGCAUCAACAAACUGUGUAGAUUUUAUUCACUCAAAGGAUUUUACAACGAUUCACGAUACAGCAAGGGAGUAAAUUAUAUCAAUCUGAUGUCAUCUGUGAAAGGAUGGGAAGUAGGCAAGUGCCUGAAAAUGAUUAUAAAGGACUUUACUUCUGGAAAAAUCCCAUAUGAAAGGGAGAUAGAGAAUCUUGAAUUGGGCUUUGAUUGGUACGUGAAGGAAUGA